AUGUUACAACUCACCCCCACUAACUGCACGCAACGUCCUCGUUGCGCACCUGGAUCGUCACCCCCUGACGGUGUGAGUCAAGGCCACUUCAACUUGACUCCACACUCUCGUCUGGGUUUGGCUCUGAUACCAAAUUAUAACGCCCCGACCGCCCCUCCCGGCUCUAAUGACUUGUUUACUAUCCCUGCAAUCAACACCCGACCUUUCCCCGUGUUUUGGCCUCACUCACACGGUUUCGGAAACCACUUCCCGAAAGGUCACCCAUCCUUCAACUACUCCAGCCCAAGCACGCUUAACUGGAGUUACUUAUAG